UCGGAGCAGAGGCUCCGGGAAGGGCAGACGCUCCAGCAGGACAGAGCCUCCCUGAGGGUCCGGCGCCCCGGGGGCUCCCCGCCGGCUGCAGAUCCGGACGCCAGGAAUACUCGGCCCUGACUCCCACCGUGGCCUCCGGCUGGGCCAUGUCCAGAGGCCCAAGCUCCGCGGUCGUGCCGCCAGCCCUGGGGUCCCGCAGACCCGCGCCCCGGAGCCUCAGCUGCAUCUCAGAACUGGACGGCGCUCGGGAGCCUCGACCCUGCAGACCCCCGGCCUGCGACCCGGGGCUGCGGCCCAUCAUGCAGCGACGCGCGCGCUCGCUGCCCAGCUCCCCAGAGCGCCGGUCCAAGGCUGCGGGCGCGGCGGGCUCCGCGUGCCGGCCGGGUUGCCAGCGGCAGCAUCGCGUGCGCUUCGCCGACGCUCUGGGCCUGGAGCUGGCGGAGGUGAAGGUGUUCAACGCCGGGGAGGACCCGUCAGUGCCGCUGCACGUGCUGUCGCGCCUCGCCGUGGACUCGGACCUGUGCUGCAGCAGCCAGGAGCUGGAGUUCACGCUGCAGUGCCUGGUGCCCGACUUCGCGCCACCCGUCGAGGCCCCGGGCUUCGCCGAGCGCCUGGCGCAGCAGCUCGUGUGCUUGGAGCGCGUCACCUGCUCGGACCUGGGCAUCAGCGGCACGGUGCGCGUGCGCAACGUGGCCUUUGAGAAGCAGGUGGCGGUGCGCUACACCUUCUCCGGCUGGCGCACCGCGCACGAGGCGGUGGCGCGAUGGCGAGGCCCGGCGGGCGCCCAGGGCGCCGAGGACGUCUUCGCCUUCGGCUUUCCGGUGCCGCCCUUCCUGCUGGAGCUGGGCUCCCGCGUGCACUUCGCCGUGCGCUACCGCGUAGCGGGAGCGGAGUACUGGGACAACAACCACGGCCAGGAUUACAGCCUCACCUGCCGCAGCCACGCGCUGCACAUGCCACGUGGGGAGUGCGAAGAGAGCUGGAUCCACUUCAUCUGAGCCGCGGAACCUGGAGGCUGGGUGUGGGCCCAGACCUGCGGUCACUACCCUCUGGGUGACACUAGCCUCUGGGUGUCACUAGCCUCUGGGUGGCCGAGGUCUCCCACUCCACCCUUCCUUCCCAGUUGUCUGACCUCAUUUCUUGCUGCAAAGCCCCUGGGUAGUGGCCUCUCCUGUCUUUUAGUGAAUUGUCUUUAUCACCUGGUGUAAAAAGUAGCCUCUGGCGGCCAGAGGCACAGGAUGCUGUGUAGUGUGCAUUGGGGGAGGGUGUUGGGGUGGGGAUGCAGAUGCAUGGGAAUGUGGGCCUCUCCCAGGAGGACCCCGGCCAGUGUUUUGCAAAGACCUGCCUCCUCAUACGAAGGCUUGCAUGUCUUGACUGUGUCUCUAAAAGUAGCUGUUAUUUAUUAUUCUGAAGUUGGGGCUGUCCACCCAUAGUGGACACCUUCUCAGGAAUACUCUAGAUUUAAUAAGCUUAAAAAAGUCCUGUUGUCUGUUUCUAUCCACUGUAAACAAAUACACUGUUGUGAUCUGCGUUAUGAUCCUCAGGGCAUUUCUGCCCUGGGAUGGUGAAAACCAGAGACCAUGUUUGCUUGCCAAUGCCUGCAGCCUUCUAACAGUGGGGCCUAUUAAUAGCCAAGAAACUUAGGGCUCAUCUGUCAUCACACAACCAUUUCUGGACUUCGAGGCUGUCCUGGUUAGGCAGUGUUUCCUACAUCAUCUAGAGGUGGAGGAAAAAGCUUCAGUCGGUCCAACUAGUUCAAGCAGGCCUUUCUCUGUGGUCACUGCCUGGUCUGCAUCUGUCUUCUAGGGGUCAGAUAACAUAACUGCACAUUAUCAGGCCAUAUUCUGUUUAGGUGUUAAACUACCUGAGAGUUUUACACGCUCUUGCCUUAAGUCAUUUCCAUUUUCAGGGGGUUAUAGGGUUUCAGGCAGCACUGCCCUUCCCAAUUAGCCCUUUCAUGCUGAAAGUGACUUUGUUUCUUCCUAAAUAUCAGAAGAUUCCAGCAUUUAAGUUUUGGAAGUCCAGCACCCAAGUAGAACUCGGUGGUGUUUUCAGUAUUAGCCAGAGUACUGAGGAACAAUCACAGAUUUUAUAUUUGCAAGGAGUUUUCAAUUGUAGUUAUGUGUCACAUUUCAGCAGCAACCCAUCAACUUUACUUUGUGCCUUCUUCAGACAGGAACAUUCUUAACAUUUUUAUAAGCUCCUUACCCAGUUUAAACAUGUUAAAUACUGGUUAAAACAAAACAACAAAAACCUCCACGUAAGUAGUCCAGACCGCUCACUGUCCCUUUCAGAGUGCCCCUGCUACUUGAAACACUCCUGGACGGGCUGGCAAGCCCUUUAGGGUGAUGUGCAGUGGUCUCUCUGACAGCUGGUGCUAGAAUGAAGACAGGAAAAGCCAACCGAGGGGGACCAGACGUCCAAGAUGUGACCUUUGCUUUUGAAACAGAAGCCAGCGUUGAUGGACUUGGUGACAGGGGUCACCAGUGGCUUAUGCUUGUUGACAUUUGUUAAGUUAGCAUGGAAAAGAUGCCAUUUACCUUUUAACCAAUUCGUUUUUGCUAAUGGAAACUUCUGCCUUUUAAAAUUCCAAGAACAGUGUUUGACUUUUCUUGGUGCCUUUUGACUAAGAACAUGGAGUUUUGACAUAAAAUACUGUGAUCAAAUCACAUAGCCUUUGGCUCUGAGGACUGCGCACUACAUUGACUUCGAGAGCGAGAGAAGCCUAGUUGUGUUUCUGGCUGCGUAACAAACUGUCUAAUUAGGUCAGCAAGCCCAGGAGGGCCUUGGCUGCUCUGUCCUUGGCCCCUGUCCACAGUGUAAGACAACUGUCCAGACUUUUCUUUUUGGUACAAGUCAGAGCUGCCCAAAGCAUUGUUAUUUAAAGAAAGGCAUGUAGAGAAUUUUUAUAAUCUAUGGGAAAGCCACUUACUUGCCAAAAGGUUCUAGUUACAGCAAAGUAAAUGUUAUGUCCUCAAAAUUAAGAGAACCUCAAGGUGCCUUUUUUAAAGCCUACCAACAACAUUUUAAAAUCUAAAGCUAUUCUAGUUGAUUAGUAAACAAGCUGUAAGAUGGUUCAGAGUGAACUUUCCAACUCUCAGACAUAUUGCUUAGAUGCUAAAAUUGUGUGGAUCCUGUGAUUGUUGGGUUGUCCUCCCAAAUGCAUUGUACUGUCUGUUACUUAAAAUGAUUUUACCCAAGCCUAAAUAUUAAAGUACACAAGCAAAAGUG